GCCCGCCGUCAGAAUUCCAAUUCCAAUUCCAAUUCCAAUUCCAAUUCGUCUCCGUCUUCCGAGUUCCAACUCCGCCGCCUAUACGGACGCCCAUUGCCUACAGCCCUACACAACCGUUGCUUAAUCCCCGCUCCCUCCUCCACGGCUUCCAUGCCCUAGCUAGUUGCUGCUGCUUUGCUUCAGGCCGGAGUUUUCCUCCACCCCCUCGCCCAUCUCAGCCCCCCUGCCCCAAUUGCUUUCCCCAAUUGCAGUCGCCGCUGGUCUAGGCUAGGGUUUCACCAGCGGCCAUUCCGGCUCCCGGCAGAUUGAAGUUGAAUUGGCUCGCCGCUUCCUUGAGCAACCGAAUCCAAUCAAGUCCGAUCGGGGAUGGCCACUACCCAGUUCGCCAUGGUCGGGGAGCUGGCCUCGCUCAUCAAGGACAACCUGCACAGCAAGCACCUCAUCCUCUCCACCGAGGAGGCCCUCAUCGCCGCCCUCCAGCAGCUGCGCUGCGCCGACGACGGCGACAGCGACGGCGGGGAGGAGGACGGUGCGGCGGACACCAUAGAGCUCCAGCCCGCCGGGGCCUACCACCGCCUUCUCUUGCAUCGCCUUGCUGAAAUCUACGGGUUCGCUCAUGAAUCGGUUGGUGAAGGCGAGGAUAGGCACUUGGUCCUCCAGCGCUGCCCUGAAACAGCCGUCCCUCCUGUCCUUAUUAGUGAUAUGUUAUGGAAGUUUGACCACAGUGAUGAUUACACAUCUGUUGAUGAUUCCAUAUCUGUUGUGCUAACCAGAAAUGAUACAGAUUCCCAUAAGCCUUGCAAGGUAGAUGUUGUCCAAGAAGAUACUUAUGUUAAAAAUUCGCAUCUGAAAGACACUACAGAUUUGAGGCCUCUGAAGCAGUCAACGGUUUUUCCGGCAGCAUCACUGAAGGAGAGGGAAGCUGCAUAUCGGGCUGCCCGUGAGCGAAUCUUCUCUGGAGAUGAUGCCAAGGGAAAUGAUAAAUCAUAUGUGAAAUGUACACAGGUCCCUGUUGUUGCUCAACGGAUGAUUGCACAUGCACUUGGUCAAAAAGUUCAAAAUCCCACAGAGACAGUUGCCUCCAAAGAAGGCAGAGGAAAACAGCUGCCGAACGGGCCAAAAGUUCUGACACAUAGCAGGAGCAACUUCUACGCAGUUGCACCAGAUAAUGGAGAAAAGAAUAGUGUUCGAAUCGGUAAGCCAAACUCUGCUAGUAGGAAUUCAUAUCAAACUUCAUCCAGCCAAAGGUGCCGCACUGCUAAUGGUAGAGCUGCUACUGCUGAGAGCUUGAAGAAAGAGCAGACUGGAGCAGCUAGAAGAAUGUUUGCACAUGCACUGGGGCUGUCUGCAUCUCAAGGAAGUUAUGGUGCACUAACUAAACCGAAGUAAAGAUCCGGAGAUGAGAUGCCAGGAAUUGGAGAAGCUUGCCAAUGCAUGCUGUGCCUUCUUUAUCCAGUCAUGCAUAUGGCGUGGGAUGUAUCUGUGAUGGUUGGUGCCCUUUUGAGCCCAUCUGCUGCUUAUAUGUUAGUCUUCUUGGUUGGAUGUUGAUGGUUGGAUGUUGACUAUUGGAACGACAGAGGAUAUGUGGCCCUGGUUGGAAGAAGAGCGUAGUUCGCCCGCACCCUUGAUCGAAGCAGCCUCAGGGCCUAAGCUCAGUUGGGGAAAGAGCUUGCCAGAUGCACAUAAGCACAUGGCAUGCCGAGCUGAGCUGUGCAAGUGCUUCACUGGAGUGGAAGAAACAAUGUCGUCCUUGCUUAUGCUGUGUUAUGUUUUUAGCUCCAGGUUGUAAUGUGUACUAGUAUGUGUUUUGGAGAGACAUGUCAUAAUACUACAAUUAGACUUCUCGUUCAAUUUGUGGAUUCGAAAC